CUCUUCCCCACUACUCUGCUACUCCAAGGUCGUCUCCCUCCCUUCCACGCUAGCAGCACCAGCGCCAAUCCGCCGCCGCAAAAUCUCCCGACCACCACCUCCGCUACCGCUACUCGCACGAUGGCGGCGGCGACGACUGCUCCGGUCGAGGUGCCGGUCACGGGGCCGGUGAGGACUGUGAAGGUCACCAAUGUUUCCCUGAGUGCAACUGUGCAAGACAUUAAGGAGUUCUUCUCCUUUUCAGGAGACAUUGAACAUGUAGAUAUGCAAAGUGGUGAUGAGUGGUCUCAAGUUGCAUAUGUUACUUUUAAAGACGCCCAAGGAGCAGAGACUGCCCUUCUUCUUUCGGGCGCGACAAUAGUUGAUCUUUCCGUUAUGAUUGCGCCUGCUCCAGAAUAUCAACCACCCCCUACCGCCUCUGCUCCACAGAUGAGUGGAACAAGAGUACCAGUCGGUGGUGACAAUGUGGUCCACAAAGCUGAAGAUGUCGUCAGCACUAUGCUCGCCAGGGGUUUCACCCUGGGCAAAGACGCCGUUGGUAAGGCGAAAGCUUUCGACGACAAGCUUGGCUUCACAUCCACCGCUGGUGCCAAGGUAGCCUCCAUCGACAAGAAGAUUGGGCUUAGCGAGAAGUUCACCAUGGGCACCUCCGUGGUGAACGAGAAGGUCAAGGAGAUGGACCAGAAGUUCCAGGUGUCCGACAAGACCAAGUCUGCGCUGGCCGCGGCUGAGCAGACGGUGAGCACUGCGGGGUCUGCCAUCAUGAAGAACCGGUAUGUCUUCACCAGCGCGUCGUGGGUCACCAGCGCGUUCAGCAAGGUGGCCAAGGCCGCCACCGACGUCGGCACGAUGACGAAGGAGAAGAUGACAUCUGAAGAACAACAAAAGGGUUCUGGUUCGUCUGGAGGGAACUCAUACACACCCAUCCGCUGAUUGUCAUCCCAUGUUCCUUUUUGUGCCUCGCUUGACAUGUUGUAUCGGUGGGUCCGAAACAUAGAUAUAGUAGAAAACAUCAAACCAUCCUUCCAUACGUGAACUUUUGCAGUCCAUGUUUCCCCCCUCUCUUGGUAGAACAGGGAUAUUUGCUGGUGGUCACAGUGUACUCUGGGGGUUUAUAUGUUCAGAAUGGUUACGAGGUAGAAUUGCUGGGAUUGGACAUUUUACUUUGGUUAGGUUGUGGAAGGGUGCUGUAAUAAUAUUGCUGGCCGUGUGUUAGUCCGUUGGUGCUGUGUUC